AUGAGAAAAAAUAAAUAUAAUAAUAAUAAUAAUAAUAAUAAUAAUAAUAAUAAUAAUAAUAAUAAUGAUUAUAAUGAUGAUAAUGAUGAUAAUGAUGAUAAUGAUGAUAAUGAUGAUAAUGAUGAUAAUAAUGAUAAUGAUGAUAAUGAUGGUAAUCAUGGUAAUGAUGAUAAUGAUAACUUUAAUGAUAAUAAUGAUAAUAGUUUACUCAAUUCUGGUUUAAUGUCAAAGACGCUAUUAGUAAUUUUGUAUAAUAAGUGA